AUGAUGAAACCAACAAAAGUUAUGGGAUCAAAACGUUUGAUAAGGGAUUCACUAUUGAGAUGUAUAAAUAGUUGCAAACAGUUAAAAUUACCAAAAAUUAAAAGUAAAAAUGAUAAAAAUCGAUUAUUAAAAACUAAAAUGUCUGUAGUAAAUCUUAAACAAAGUAUUAAAAAUUAUGAAGCUGGUGAAAACGAAAAAUCUUGUAACUAUAAACCAAUUGAUUUGUCAAAAAAWAUCAUAGCUAACAAAAUAGUGAAACCCAAAAUUAAUCCUAAUGAAAAAUUGCAGUGUCCAAACCUUAUGGAAAUUGAAAAAAAAAUUCAAAAAAUGCCAUCAAAAAUUUUUAGUCGAAAAUUUUCGAAGUAUAAAGAUGUUAGACGAAAGUUAAAAGCUAAAUUCAAAUCYAACUACAAAAGUAGUGGAAAAUUUGAUCAAAGCUCAACUAAAUAUAAAGCAUACGUGAAUAAAAAUAAAAAUAAAAAAAAUAAAUCAUUUUUGAAAUAUUCCAUGUGUAGUAUUGGUUUUAAUAGAGAAAUACUAAAAAAAAAACGUACCGUGUGUUCAGAACUUCCAGGGAAAGGAGCUUACAAUCAUCGCUUUGCGUAUGAUGACGCAUUACAGCUACAACGGGAAGGUAUUGAGGUAGACGUAUUGUAUAAAGUGAAAAAUAAAACYGACUCUAUAUAUGUCAUAAAUGGAGAAUUUCUAUGGACAAAAAAGAAUAAAAGAUCAGCUACUUGUUUGAAGUCAUCCAAAAAAUCUAAAUUAGUUGUAAAUACUAUGGAUAAAAUAAAUCAAGAUCAAAAACUUGCUGAAUCACUAAUAUCAAUGACAAUACAAGAAAAAGCUGAAUUUGCUAAAAUGCUAAGAGAAAAUGAAAAGAAGAAAAGAUUAGCUAAAAUGGUUUUAUUACAGAAAGCAGAAGUAGAAAAACAAAAAAAACUAAGACUUGAAGAAUUUAUAAGGAAACGUGAAUUGGAGAAUAUAGAGAAGGAUMUUCGAGCUAAAGAGUUAAGUAAAAGAUUGAGGGAAAAAUCUUUAAAAAAGAAAGCAAAUUAUGAAAAAUUAAAUCAGAAACAAAUAGAAAAAGAUAGCGCAAAAUAUUAUGCCAAUAACAAUAAUGAUGUUACGUAUACCACAGACAAUAAACAAGUAAAACCCAAGGGAAAUGGUUACGAUAGAUUUAAGGUCAUUACUGAUUCAAAAAAAAUUAAUAAUAUCGGACGAUGGGUAUUACAAAAUGAUUGCGUCUUUACCAUGUCUUGGUUAAAAAUUGUAGCCCGUCGGAUUAAUUCUUUGGAUGAACGAGUAGAUACAAUGUAUACGAAUAAAUGGAUGCAGAUUGCCAUUGAUAAAGUGGAUGAUGUAAUGACAAAGAAAAAACCGAUGUCUAAUUGUUGUAAAAAGGAUUUAAUUGGCCGACAAUUGUUGCGCAAUAAAAGUGUCCAGGUAUCCCCUAGUUUUGUAAUAAAAAAUAAAAGGAUGAUGAAAUGUCACAAAUAUACUUGUCAUACUUCAAUUGGCGUUCGCAAAUCUCCUAAGUUCUCCAGUUGUCCAGGUGAUGGCCAGGGCGUUAGAAAACUGCACAAGAUGAUUAAAACAGAAGGCAGCUAUUUUCAAGUGAUCAGCGUGGAUGCCUUUGGGUCAUAA